AUGCCAUAUGCAAUAAAUGAAGGUAAUUUAAUUAAUCUUUUAAAAAUGCUCCCCAUAAUUUUAUAUUUAACAAUUAUCGGGAUGUUUAAUGCCUUAAUUCCAAAUAAAUGGAAAUUUAAAAAAGAUGUUAAUGGAAAGAUAGUAUUAAUAACUGGUGCUGGGCAAGGAUUAGGAAGACUAUAUGCAUUAAAUUUUGCUGAUUUACAAUGUAAAAUAAUAUUAUGGGAUAUAAAUGAAGAUAAUUUAAAAGAAGUUGUCAAAGAAUGUAGGUUAAAAAAUGCUCAAGUUAGCUAUCAGGUUGUUGAUGUAUCACAAAAAAAACAAAUUUAUGAAUCUGCUAAAAAAGUUCUUGCUGAGUAUGGUUUUGUUGAUAUACUUGUAAAUAAUGCUGGUAUUCUUUUUGGUAAAGAAUUCAUGGAUUUAAGUGAUGAUAAUUUUGAAAUGACAUUAAAAGUUAAUACUAUUUCACAUUGGUAUAUAUUAAAAGCAUUUCUUCCAUCAAUGAUAGAAAAAAAUGAAGGCCAUAUUGUUUCUAUGUGUAGUAUUUCAAGUUUUGUAGGAACACCAUGGGGUAUUGAUUAUACAGUAUCUAAAUUUGGAGCUAUUGGCAUAAUGGAAGGAAUCAGAAAUGAAUUAAAAAUGAAAGGAAUAAAAGGAAUUAAAAUGACAUGUGUUGCACCAAUAUUUACCAGAACUGCUAUGAUUAAAAAUUUUAAAAUAUCUCAAGGAGUAGAAGCUUUAUCACCCCAUUAUGUUGUUGAUCAAGCAAUGGAUGCCAUCUUAACUAAUCAACCAUUAAUUAUUUUACCAAAAUUACUUUACUUUUUAUAUUUUUUAAAAGGUAUCCUACCAACAACUGCCUUUGAUUAUAUUGUCAUAAAUUCAUUGGCAUAA